AUGCCGCCGGAGCCGCUGCCCAAGGGGAGCGCCCGCUGCCUCGACCCGCACGCCCGCGCCAUGGUAACCCCUUCUCUGGUUCACCUUCCGCAGGUGAACAACCUCAUCUGGCACGUCCGCUGCCUGGAGUGCUCCGUGUGCCGCACCUCGCUGCGGUAGCAGCACAGCUGCUACAUCAAGAACAAGGAGAUCUUCUGCAAGAUGGACUACUUCAGCCGGUUUGGUACAAAGUGCGCCCGCUGCGGCAGGCAGAUCUACGCCAGCGACUGGGUGCGCCGAGCGCGCGGCAACGCCUACCACCUCGCCUGCUUCGCCUGCUUCUCCUGCAAGCGGCAGCUCUCCACUGGCGAGGAGUUCGGCUUGGUGGAGGAGAAGGUGCUGUGCCGGAUUCACUACGACACCAUGAUAGAGAACCUCAAGCGAGCGGCGGAAAACGGCAACGGGAUCACGCUGGAGGGGGCUGUGCCCUCGGAGCAGGACAGCCAGCCGAAGCCGGCCAAGAGGGCCCGCACCUCCUUCACCGCCGAGCAGCUGCAGGUCAUGCAGGCACAGUUUGCUCAGGACAACAACCCCGACGCACAAACGCUUCAGAAGCUGGCGGACAUGACGGGGCUGAGUCGGAGAGUCAUUCAGGUUUGGUUUCAAAACUGCACCCCCCGCCAUAAAAAACACACCCCGCAGCACACGGUGCCACCCUCGGGAGCCCCCCCGUCCCGCAUCCCUUCUUCGCUCUCUGAUGACAUUCACUACUCGCCCUUCAGCAGCCCAGAGCGGGCCCGGAUGGUGACGCUGCACGGAUACAUAGAAAGUCAGGUACAGUGUGGACAAGUGCACUGUAGACUCCCCUACACUGCUCCACCAGUGCACCUCAAAGCAGACAUGGAAGGACCACUAUCUAAUAGGGGUGAGAAGGUCAUCCUCUUUCAGUAUUGA